GCCCUGUCCAGCCAUGUCCUACGUUUUCGUCAACGACUCCUCGCAGACGAGCGUGCCGCUGCUGCAGGCCUGCAUCGAUGGGGACUUCAACUACUCCAAGCGGCUGCUGGAGAGCGGCUUCGACCCCAACAUCCGGGACGGCCGGGGCCGCACCGGCCUGCACCUGGCCGCCGCCCGCGGCAACGUGGACAUCUGCCAGCUGCUGCACAAGUUUGGCGCUGACCUGCUGGCCACGGACUACCAGGGCAACACGGCCCUGCACCUCUGCGGCCAUGUGGACACCAUCCAGUUCCUGGUCUCCAACGGGCUCAAAAUUGACAUUUGCAACCACCAAGGCGCCACCCCCUUGGUCCUGGCAAAGCGCCGGGGAGUGAACAAGGAUGUCAUCAGGCUGCUGGAGUCCCUUGAGGAGCAGGAGGUGAAGGGCUUCAACCGGGGUGCGCACUCCAAGCUGGAGACCAUGCAGACGGCUGAGAGCGAGAGCGCCAUGGAGAGCCACUCACUGCUGAACCCUGACCUGCAGCAGGGCGAGGGCGUGCUGUCCAGCUUCCGCACCACAUGGCAGGAGUUCGUGGAGGACCUGGGUUUCUGGAGGGUCCUGCUCCUGAUCUUCGUCAUCGCGCUGCUGUCCCUGGGCAUCGCCUACUAUGUCAGCGGGGUGCUCCCGUUCGUGGAGAACCAGCCAGAGCUGGUGCACUGACGGGGCCCGGGGAGGCAGCCGAGGGCCGUCCGCUGCCCACCGUUUUCAGUUUUCCGUUUGUUCAUCCUGCGUUCAUACCUUCUAGAACAGGGCGUGAGACUGUCCUUCGAUACC